UUGAGAGUUCCUUUGUUUUGUUUUUUUGACGCAACACGUAUAAUGUCGACGACCUGAGCGCUGCAAAUAAUCGCGUUUGUUGAUAUUUAGUCUCUAUACUUCUGUGGCGUUCAUUAAAAAAAAAACGCCAGAGUUUAUUCUGUUCCGAGCUCGUGUAAAAGUAGAUGUUGGGCUCGUUCGCCUAGCCUGCUAGCCGCGAGGCUAACGCCGGAAGUUAGCAAGUAGAAGCCAGCGGCGAGUGCGUUUUGGAAAUGUGCAAAGUCCGAAUGCUGAGAGCCUUGGUGAACGAGCGACUCAAUGCCGCCGUGGAAGAAAUAUUUGGACUUUUCGAAAGGACGAUCGCGGAGUACGAGGAGGAACUUUGUCGCUCCAAAGAGGAGAUCGAGCGACAACGGCGACUGCUGGACGCUCGCGAGCCUCCAGGCGGCUUCAACGCCACAGACAUCCGGCCAUGUCGUGAAGAUGUCCUUUGUGAGCGUCAGGAGGAGCCCGAGCCCCCCCUCGUCAAAGAGGAGGAGGAUGACGAGCCCGAGUCCCCCGACCUUAAAGACCAAGCGGGCGAGGGUCUGCGGGAGGAUGACGUCAUCACCAAGUUCCACGUGAAGAGUGAAGACGAAGAAGAUGAGGCUCAGUGGUCACAUCUCAGGACAUUUUCUGGCGCUGAUCUCAGGACGGAAGCCGAGGGAGCCCCACCGCACGGCCACUCGGGCCCACCGUCGGACAUCGAGGACACGCCGUCGGAAUGCAACGAGACGGACGACAGCGACGAAACCCGGGAAGCGUCCAAGGGCGGCGGCGAAGCGUCCAAAGGCGACAAGACCUUCGUCUGCUCCUUCUGCAGCAAAAGCUUCAGCCGCAAGGACAGCCUCAUCCGACACGUCCGAGGCCACACGGGCGAGAAGCCCUUCGCGUGCUCCAUGUGCAGCAAAAGUUUCAAAUACCGCUACGAGAUCAGCCGACACAUGAAGAUCCACACCGGCGAGAAACCCUUCAGCUGCUCCUGUUUGCGGCAAGACGUUCGGCCGCAGGGAGCACUUGCUUUCGCACACGCGAAGUCACACGGGGGAGAAACCUUUCAGCUGCUCCGUCUGCGGCCGAGGGUUCAGCCAACGCUCGCACUUGGCGGCGCACUCGCGAACGCACACGGGAGUCAAACCCUUUCCCUGCACCGUCUGCGGUAACAGGUUCUCCUUGAAGUGCGUUUUGAUUGCGCACAUGAGGACGCACACGGGCGAGAAGCCGUUCACGUGCUCCGUUUGCGGGAACAAGUUCACGCGCAAGCGACAUUUGUUGAUGCACAUGAGGAGACACGCGGGCGAAAAAAGCAAUCAGUUGCCGUGCGUGUGAGACCAAAGACUGCUGCUGUGGCCGGGACGUUCAAGUUUGGGUUCCUCAAACUUUAGUGGGACAAGGACAGCAGUUUUUCCAAGGACCACCUCAAAAUCCUAAAUACCAAUGAGACAUAUUUAUUAAUAUACCCUCUAUUCUGCGGCGAAUAACAGAAAACCGCAAGUAAAAAGACAACGUCCACCCCAAAAAAGAUUUGUAAUUGCCUGUAGAUGCCACAGGGUGGCGGCAAAGCACUACUCAUUGCAAUGUAGUUCUUUGGCACAACGAGGGCGCCAAAGCACUACUUCUAUUGCUUUGGCCUAAGCACAAAAACAACGACUUGGACGUUUUUCAGCAAGUAACAGAGUUAAGAAAGGAAAAAGAAAAUCUUUGCUUUGGAAAUAAACUGACAAGCACUGUAAUCUCCACCCCCCCAAAAAUAUACCAUUUUUUCUAAAAAAAAAAAAAAAAAAAAGGUGACUUUACCCAUGUAAUAUUAUGUAUACUACGUAUAUUAUAAUACACUACGCCAAGUAUACAGCUGCUGUUUGAAUGUGUACACAACACUUUGUCAGCAAAUAAGCACAGCUUCUUUGUUCGGGCAUGUGCGUGUGAGCGUACGUUUUUGUACUUGUCACAUAAAAAUGGCCCAAUUCAUCAUGAAUCAACAAGGAAGAGGAAGAGGUGGGAAAGCACAGGAGGGAAAAUGUUAGUCAAUUUGUGUUCAACUAAGCGGAGGCCUAACAAACGGAUGGCGUUGUGCUGCAAAUAAACGGUUUAUAACCCCCUCCCCUAUUAUCAAUUUUAUUGAAUACAGAGUUGAUUCAAUUGUCAAAUAAAUGUAUGUGCUAAUAGCAAUAAAAUAUCAAAAUCCUUA